UGAAGUAGUUCCAUUUCUUAACAUUUUUCCACUUGAGUUGUCUCAUCUUUGUAUAUAACCAGGUAAAGAAGAGGUCGGCAUUCCUCUAAGCAGCAGGAACCCCUCACUGUCUCAAAUUAUUCGUCUGUCUUUUCUCUUCUGUGGUGCUUGUCUCUGUCCCCAGUCAUCAUCGCUGCAGCAGCUGCUGAAGUGUCCCUCUGCCCCAGGCAGUCAUUCCCCAUCGCCGCCCGAAGAACGCGGGGAAGGAGCGUGGCGAUUCAUGCUGUGUUCUUCUCUCUGCUCCAGCCUUGUCCCAGUUGGUUUUAACAGAUCUGAGGAGAUACGGUUGGAGGGAAUUUAAUCCGCAGGGAGAAGACACUCCCAUCCAAAGUGACACCACGCACACUCCAAAGAGGUGUAAUUCCUUCCUAGCAGGAGAAUAUGCUGAGUCUCUUCAAACUUUGGUGCCACAAAUUCCCAUUGAAGAUUGGGAAACUUCUACAAUGCCAAAGGCAAUUUCACAUAUAAAAAGGAGAUUUAGGGUGUGUUUAAGGAAUUGUGAAAGCUAUAUUAUAGGUUGUAUUUCAUCAAAAGUUCUCCUUUCGGUGAAGCUUUGAUUGGAAAGAUCUAUAUCUGGAAUUGUUCGGAGCCAUUAAAGAAGGUUGGGAAUCCAAUGAGGGGCUGCAGAAAAGUGCAUUAUCGUGCAAGGUGGUUUCCAACAUGUCAUAAAAUUAUGAGAGGCCACUUAGUCACUGAGACCUGUUUCAAUGUUCUUGUGCUUUUAUUCACUUCUAUAUUGCAGGGUGUGUUUCUAGGCAGGCCCAAAUAUGGUAAAGCUACACUGAGAAGCUGUCAACAACACCAUGCUGAUGAAAAUAAUAAAUUGGUUUCCACCUUCACACCCAAGCCGCUCCAGCCCACCUCCAGAAGCGGAUAAAAGGGAGUGUCUGGAGCCGUGGAGCCAGAGAAGACUGCGCACACUUCUCUCUGCAUUCAUUCCUCAGCUGCACAGCUCUGUUGGUCUAUCUGCUCAUCUUGACUUUGACCCCACUUGGAAGAAGCAGCCAUGUCUCGGCAGUCUGUCUGCAGAAGCUUUGGAGGAGGGAGUAGAAGGGGCUACAGCUCUUGCUCUGCCAUCGGUGGUGGCUUUGGAGGAGGCAGCAGCAGGAACAGAAUCAGCUACAGCUCAUAUUCCUCAUCCAGGGGAUUUGGAGGUGGUGGACAGUGUGGAGGGUUUGGCAGCAGAAGCCUCCAUAACAUGGGUGGCAGCAGAAGAAUUGCCAUAGGUGGAUGCUACGGUGGUGGAGCCUAUGGAGGCAGAAUGGGCGGCUUUGGUGGAGGCUAUGGAGGAGGAAUGGGUGGCUUCGGUGGAGGAAUGAGUUGUGGAGGAAUGGGUGGCUUUGGUGGAGGAAUGGGUGGUGGUGGAAUGGGCGGUGGAGGAAUGGGUGGCUUUGGUGGAGGAAUGGGUGGUGGAGGAAUGGGUGGUGGAGGAAUGGGCGGCUUUGGUGGAGGAAUGGGCGGCUUUGGUGGAGGAAUGGGUGGUGGAGGAAUGGGUGGCUUUGGUGGUCCCGGCUUCCCUGGAGGCAUCCAGCCGGUGCAGGUCGACUCAAGUCUCCUGCGGCCAGUCCACGUUGAGAUUGACCCCCAGAUCCAGCAGGUCAAAAACCAGGAGAAGGAGCAGAUCAAGACUCUUAACAAUCAGUUUGCUUCCUUCAUUGACAAGGUGCGCUUCCUGGAGCAGCAGAACAAGGUGCUCUCCACCAAGUGGGAGCUGCUGCAGCAGCAAGGGCCCUCUGGGCCGAGGAAGAACCUGGAUGUCCUCUUUGAGAACUACAUCCAGAACCUGAGGAGGAGACUCGAGUCUCUAGUGGGACAGAGGGGAGAGCUGGAGUCGGAACUGCAGAACAUGCGGCAAUACGUCGAGGAGUACAAAACCAAGUACGAAGAAGAAAUCAACAGGCGCACGGCUGCUGAGAACGAGUUUGUGGUGCUGAAGAAGGAUGUGGACUGUGCCUACAUGACCAAGGUGGAGCUGGAAGCCAAGGUGGGAGCUCUGACCGACGAGAUCAACUUCCUGAGGUGCAUCUACGAGGAGGAGCUGUCUCAGAUGCAGACGAUCAGCCGGGACCUGUCUGUGGUGGUGUCCAUGGACAACAACCGCCACCUGGACCUGGACAGCAUCAUCGAGGAGGUCAGGCGCCAGUACGAGCAGAUCGCUCAGAACAGCCGGGCUGAAGCUGAGGCUUGGUACCAGAGCCGGUAUGAAGAGCUGCAGAGCACUGCUGGCAGGCACGGGGACAGCCUGCGCAACACCAAGAUGGAGAUCCAGGAGCUUACCAGGAACAUCCAGAGGCUGCGGGCAGAAAUUGAGAAUGUGAAGAAGCAGAACCAGCAGCUGCAGGCAGCUAUUGCUGAGGCGGAGGAGCGCGGUGAGAUGGCUCUGAAGGAUGCCAGGACGAAACUGGAAGAGCUGGAAUGUGCCCUGAACAAAGACAAGGAGGAGCUGGCUCGCCUGUUGAAGGAGUACCAGGAGCUGCUGAACAUCAAGAUUGCCCUGGAUGUGGAGAUUGCCAUGUACAGGAAGCUGCUGGAGGGAGAGGAGAACAGGCUUUGCAACGACGGCAUGUCCAACGUGAAUGUCUCUGUGGUAGGCAGGACCACCAUGUCCGGAGGCCGAGGAGGCAUGGGAGGAGGCUUCGGAGGCAGCGGCAUGGGAGGAGGCUUCGGCGGCAGCGGCAUGGGAGGAGGCUUUGGCGGCAGCGGCAUGGGAGGAGGCUUCGGCGGCAGCGGCAUGGGAGGAGGAAUGGGAGGAGGAGUAUGUGGAGUAGGAGGAGGCUUUGGAGGUGGAAGCUCUGGAGGCAGCUGUGGCAUGGGAGGAGGAAUGUACAGCGGAGGCUUCUCUUCUGGAAGUGGAAGGAUGUGCGCGUCUGGAGGUGGCAACUUCAGCUCCGGUGGGGGAUCCUCCUCCGUCCGCAGAUGUGUCACAACCACCUCCGUCAAGUCUUCAGGAGUAAGGUUCUGAGCCCUGAAGGCAGAUCGAGAAACAAAAGAAGCUUCUCCUCCCCUCUCCUGGCAGCAGCCCAGCCUCCUUAAAUCCGACUCCAGUAUCCCGCAAGGAAACGAACUGUGUCCCUCUCGGUCCACCACCUACCCGCUGGGCCUCCGGGCUCCUUCGCAGGAGGGGAGCCUCGUGGCCGUGCCACACUGCUCACUAGCCCCAUGCCCAGCGAUGAAUAACUGAGCAAAGAAAAGUGUCUCGUGUGGAUACCCAGUGCGGAGAGCUGAUUUAAAGGAGGGAAAUGCUCUGCCUUUCUUGCUGCCUUGUACAUUUCUAGCUGCCUUGUGGCAAACGUGUAUAAAAACACUCUCUGUGCCUAUUCCGUCAGGUUGCUUCCUAGAUGGCCGUAUCCCUGGGGUGCUUCUGCAUGCAGUACAUCCUGCUUCCAUUCACUUGUGCUGCGGGGCAUGGCAGGCAGGGGCAAGUGGACUCCUCCCUUGGCAGAGCCGGGGAGCGAGCAGCCUCUCUGCAGGCGACCAGAGGGACAAAUUGUCCCGGGGCGAAGCACCUGGGCAGCUUUAGGUGCCCGGUGUCUCCUGCUAGACGCAGGAGCACUCUCGAGCCGUGGCUUCGGGCUCCACUUGCCCUUGCUCCAUGGUACCUGCUGACACCUCCUGCCCGCGUGGACUCUUUGCAAAGAAAACCAAACUUGCUUUUCUGCGCUAGGCCCGCUGUGACACGGAACCAGAUGUACUGUGCCCCCUCCUUUCCUUUCUGUGUGUGAUAUGUCCUUGGGAUGUUGCCAUUCUCAAUAAAUUGCAGAGAACAUUCACGGUGUCUGCUCGUCACUGCUUUAGAAGUCUCUUUUCCCUAGGAGAAGAGGAGGAGGCCAAGGG